UUGUUCGCGGUUGAAUGUGAUAAUUCACCAGCUAAUCAAGAGGGGGCAGUAGUGAGGCAGGCAACCGGAUGUUACGGAAAAGCAGAAGAAAAACUCUCAGGACAGCAGUUAGCUAACUGUGAGAAGCUACGUGAACUAAAUUAACCAGGGCACAGGUGUGGUAAAGGUGGGAUAAAAUGCCUCGUUAUGCCCAACUAGUGAUGGGCCCGGCGGGCAGCGGUAAGAGUACUUACUGCUCCACCUUGGUCCAGCAUGCAGAGGCCUUAAAUCGAUCUGUUCAGGUGGUAAAUCUGGAUCCUGCUGCUGAGCAUUUUGACUACCCUGUGAUGGCAGACAUCCGUGAGCUCAUCCAGGUCGAUGAUGUGAUGGAGGAUGACUCUCUGAAAUUUGGCCCUAACGGAGGUCUGGUCUUCUGCAUGGAGUACUUUGCCAACAACUUUGACUGGCUGGAGGAAAGUCUGGGCCAUGUGGAAGAUGACUAUAUUCUGUUUGACUGCCCAGGUCAGAUUGAACUUUACACACACGUCCCUGUGAUGAGACAACUGGUGGAGCAGCUCCAGCAGUGGGAGUUUCGGGUGUGUGGGGUGUUUUUAGUCGACUCACAGUUCAUGGUGGAGUCAUUUAAGUUUAUAUCUGGGGUCAUGGCUGCCCUGAGUGCCAUGGUGUCAUUAGAAAUUCCUCAAGUAAACAUCAUGACAAAGAUGGAUCUGCUCAGCCCCAAAGCAAAGAAAGAAAUAGAAAAGUACCUGGACCCCGACAUGUACUCUAUGAUGGAGGAUAAUUCUGACACUUUCAGAAGCCAAAAGUUCAAGAAGCUUACCAAAGCUAUUUGUGGUUUGAUAGAUGACUACAGUAUGGUCAGAUUCUUGCCUUUUGACCGCACAGAUGAGGAAGGAAUUAACAUAGUCAUGCAGCACAUCGACUUUUCCAUUCAGUAUGGAGAGGACCUGGAAUUCAAGGAGCCUAAGGAAGUUGAUGAAGAACCAGCAAAUUUAAACUACGAUGAGCUGUUUCAAAACAAAGUUGUCUGUUGAAGAGUAUUGUGAUCGUGUGUCAGCUGGGAAAACAGCAUGUGCAUGCAGGUUUUAGAUGAAGUUCAGCUGGAGAGCUUCAUAUCAAAAGAGGAAAUGGACAAUAGCUAAAUAAAAUUGACUUUGGACUAGUCUUUUAUGUUUAAAAUAUUAUUUUCUGUUUUUAUUAUUUAUACAACUCAAGAUUUAUUUUCAUUUGACAAAUUAAAAAUAAAAACCUGAAGUGUUGUUAAAUAGAUGUACUAAUGUUAUAUUUUUUAAAUAAAACAUUACACAAUGUG